CUCUAUGGUGAAGCAGGGCGGCUCCUGCUAACGAGCUAGCGAGCUUCUGGUUGAACCGAACCGGGGAGUCUGUUAACGGGUGUUUCUUCACCGGAUCGCGUCAAGACCACCGAGCAGGAGGAGCUGAUCCACCAGCUCCCCAUGAACUCUGCCCCCCUGCUGUAGACUGAUCAGGGAGGAAGAGGGGGGUCCUGAUGGGGAACAGCGCUCUGAAGUCCCACCUGGAGACCUCCCAGAAGACGGGAGUGUUCCAGCUGACUGGGAAGGGCCUGCAGGAGUUUCCCGAAGAACUGCAGAGACUCACCGCCAAUUUGAGGACGGUGGAUCUGUCUGGGAACAAGAUCGAGGUUUUACCUGCUUCGAUCGGGAACUUCCUCCAGAUGAAGAGUCUCACACUGAACUCCAACCGGCUCACCGCGCUCCCCUCUGAGCUCGGGAAGCUGAAGAAGCUGGAGACGCUGAGUCUGACUGGGAACCGCAUUCAGCAGCUGCCCCCCACUGUAGGCCAGCUCAAAGCCCUGCGAACCCUCAACCUGGCCGGGAACCAGAUCUCAGAGUUCCCCUCUGGACUGGGAACCCUCAGGCAGCUGGACCUGCUGGACCUGUCCCGGAACCAGAUCCAGAGUGUCCCUGCAGAGGUCUCUGAGCUGCAGGCCAUCGAGAUCAACCUCAACCAGAACCAGAUCUCAGUGCUGUCGGCGGAGGUCUCUCGGUGUCCCCGGCUGAAGGUUCUGCGUCUGGAGGAGAACUGUCUGGAGCUGUCGUCCAUCCCUCACUCCAUCCUCACUCAGUCGCAGGUGUCUCUGUUCUCUGUGGAGGGAAACCUGUUCGAGGUCAAGAGACUCCGGGACCUGGAGGGCUACGACAAGUACAUGGAGCGUUUCACAGCCACGAAGAAGAAGUUCACCUGAGCUGUGGGAGUCGGCCGAGGCCCCGCCCCUCCACACGCCCUCCCCAGCAGCUGCUGCUUCAAACCCAGCAUGACCACCACAGAAGAAGAUGUGAAGACUUCUUUUCCCUGAGAACCUUCAUUGUUCACACAGGAAACACUACUUGAAGUUCUACAGGAAGCAGUUUGACAUCUGCUGUGAUGAGAGAAGAGUCGUGUUUGUCAAGCUCAGAGGAAAAACAAACUUAACACUAACUAAGAAAACUAUGGCGGUCUUUCAUUUCGGACGGUCGGUAUUUUCCACUCUUCAGUCUUGGAAUUAGUAUUUUAUAAUGAAGGAGACAACAGGACGUUUCUAUACCUGCUUUUUAUUAAUAUUAGUAUGCACUGUCGAUCAGAAGAGGUGAUACUCUGAUGAACGAGCGAUCCUGAAGGCAUCAUGCUCAGUACUGAAACCCCUGAGGAAGUCAAGGAGAAACUCGCCUCCUCCUGCUGCUCCUUCCUCUUCCUCCUCCUCUUCCUCCUGCUGCUCCUUCCUCUUCCUCCUCCUCCUCCUGCUGCUCCUCGCGUCUAAUUUCUCCCCUGCUAUGUCUCUGCUUUGCUUGUAGCAGCGUUUCUUCUCCUGAUGCUGUAAACGUUGUAAAUGAAGGUGAAGGAUGUGAGGACGUCAUUAAACUGAACAUCUUUACUUCA